CUCACUCUUCCUGAAGCAUCAUCUAAGACAGAGCUGUGUUGUUCUCUCUGAAGGGGGCAAAAAAAUACACACACACACACAAACACCAAGGAACCCUGAAAAUUUUUCAUAAGGCCGCCAAAGGAUUUACCAUCCUUUCUUCUACUUUGGACGUUUGUCUUUUUUUCUCCAAGUAUCUGCCCUGUGGUUAUUAUUAUUUUUUUAAUCAAUAAAGAACAUGUCUGAUCUCAGCCAAAACUCUGAUCAAGAAGACGUCUGUUCGGGAGAGAUAGAUGAAGAUGAAAUCUUAGCAAACCUAUCUCCUGAGGAACUGAGGGAACUACAGUGUGAAAUGGAAGUCAUGGCUCCAGACCCCAAAGUGCCAGUCGGAAUGAUACAGAAGGAUCAGACGGAGAAACCCCCGACCGGAAACUUUGAUCACAGAUCUCUUGUUGAUUACCUGUAUUGGGAGAAGGCCUCCAGACGAAUGCAUGAGGAUGAAAGGGUACCAGUCACGCUUUUACCCUCAGAGAGACCCAUCAGAGAAUAUUCUCAAGAAAAUGUUGCCAAUAGUAGCAGUGAAAAGCCAAUGGCCAAUGAUGCUGCAAAUGAAGAUGUAAAUGAUUACAAAAAGAACAAACAAAUGGAUGAGGAAGAGGAAGAGGAGGAAGAGGAGGAAGAAGAGGAAGAAGAGGAGGAGGAAGAGGAGGAGGAAGGCGAAGAAGAAGAAGAGAAAGUAGAAGAAUCAGAGAAGAGAGAUCUGGAAACAAAAAAACUUCAUGAGAAUGGCAAAAACACACAGGAAACUAAAGGAUCAUCAUACACAGAAUCGGGUGAAAAAGAAGGAGAAAAUGAAAAGAAAGUUUCAAAAUUAAAUAUUCCCAAAAAAUUAGCUCUAGACACUAGUUUUAUUAAAUUAAGUGCACGGCCUUCAGGAAAUCAAACUAAUUUAGAAGGGAGUCUAGAAAGAGUCCGGAGAAAUGACCCAGAAAUGACAGAACUCAACUUAAACAACAUUGAGAACAUCCCCAAGGAGAUGCUAGUGGACUUUGUCAAUGCCAUGAAGAAGAACAAGCACAUUAAAACAUUCAGUUUAGCCAAUGUUGGGGCAGAUGACAACGUAGCUUUUGCUUUGGCCAACAUGCUGCGUGAAAAUAGGAGUAUUACCACUCUGAAUAUCGAUUCCAAUUUCAUCUCAGGUAAAGGGAUUGUUGCCAUCAUGAGAUGCCUGCAGUACAACGAGAAGCUUACAGAGCUACGUUUCCACAACCAGAGAAGUAUGUUGGGUCAUCAGUCAGAAAUGGAGAUUGCCAGACUCCUGAAAGCCAACCCUACACUUCUUAAGAUAGGCUACCACUUUGAACUUCCAGGACCCAGAAUGGUGGUCACUAAUCUCCUCAGCAGAAACCUUGAUAAGCAGAGACAGAAAAGGAUGGAGGAGCAAAAACUGCAACAGUUAAAACAGCAGAAAGAAUUCAUUGCCAUGUUGGAGAACGGACUUGGGUUGCCUCCUGGGAUGUGGGAAUUGCUAGGAGGACCGAUACCGGCUUCAAUGAUGCCUCUUUCAAUGGAACCUCCAAGGACACCAGUUCCCAAAGCCCCACCUGUUGGCCGAAGAAAUGAACCUGCUAUAAGAGAAGAACCUGAGAAGGAAAGCAGUAGUAACCUUCCCGCUUUCAAGAUAGUGAAGCUCAAGAGGACAAAGCGCAAACCUUCUAUCCAGGAAUAUGUAGAGCCAGCUGAAAAAACCAAUCUCAAAGAUGUGAUUAAGACCCUUAAACCUAUUCCGAGAAGGCGGCCCCCUCCUUUGGUUGAGACCACUCCAAGAGACAAGCUACUUAAUGAUAUUCGCCAGAGUAAUGUAGCUUAUUUGAAACCGGUACCUGUUCCCAAAGAGCUGGAAUAAAACACCCUGUUCUGCUGAAGGAAAAAAACUAGAAAAAUGACCAGACUAUUCAAGUGUUGCUUCAGAAGGUUUAGGAAUCGAUUCCUUCAGCUGGGUGUCAUGAAGACAUGGG